CAAUACAAAAGGCAGAAAAAAUGUGCGAUUCGUGUCUAUUAAACAGGGAAAGUACAAAAGCGAAAAGCUGAUGUACGAUUUGUGAGGAGGCCUUCUGUGACCAAUGCGAGAAAUAUCACAAAAACUUUAAGAUGUUAGCAAGGCAUAAACUUCUCAACAUUCAGGAAAUGCAGCCAGGCAGUACACUUUUCGAAGUAUGUGAGACACAAAGCUGUGAAGAGCAUACAGGGAAGAUAGUCGAAUUUUAUUGUUUGGAUCAUUCUCAACCUUGUUGCACGUCAUGCGCUACACUUUCACACCGUAAAUGUGAAAAUGUCACUUCAAUUCAAAAAGCCGCUUCCGGUAUCAAACGGUCAACGAAAGCGUCUGGUUUAUCACAAAAACUAAGAGAGCACGUUAUUCAGUUAGGUGAAAUUAUUGAGGAUCGAAAUAAAAAUUUAGCUGAUGUUGAGAAUUCAACAGAAGAGAUUAAGACGAGAGUGACUGAUAUAAAAAUGGAAAUUUCAAAGCAUGUAGAUCGAAUAGAGGAAACCCUGAUAGCCGAGUUGACCUCAACCAAGAAGCAAGUUGGAAUAGAAUUAAAAGACGAAGUAGAUAUCUGUUCUUCUCAGAGAAGCGCCGUUAAAAAAUGGAAAGCAGUGAUAGACAGUGUUCUAGAACACGGAUCCGAGCAGCAAUGCCUGAUGGAAAUUAAAAAAAUUGAACCUAAAAUAUCAGAACUUGAACAAGAAAUUGAAGAUUUGGUGAAAAAUAUAAAGAGUGUAUCAGUUGUUUUCAGUCCUUCCCCUUCUAUUGCAGAUUUUAUCAAGAUUACCCAGACCUUUGGAGACAUUAAAGUUGAUAAAUCCUCUGUUAGUUCUUUGAGUGGUUACCUUGAGAUAGAAAAAGUCGACUUCCGCACUGGAAAUAUCAACAUUCUACAAGUAAUCAACGUUUGUGAUGGCGGAGGUACUACUAGUGGAAUAUGUAUAGAUGAUUAUCUACUUUUUACAAUUCGUCAAAGUAACAAAGUCGUAAAAUACAACAGCGAUGGAACAAGCUUACUAUCAGAAUUGGCACUUCCAGGUGCACCUGAGGACAUUGCUAGGAUUAAAGAGUUGAAAGUUGCAGUAUCUUCCCCCGUGCUGAGAGUAUGUAUAGUGGAUGGUGAUAAGAUGACAUUGUUACAAACGUUGAAAUUACCCGGGGUUAAAGUGUAUGGAUUGUGCUUUGUCAAUGAAGAAGAAUUUAUAACUAGUCAUAGUUCAACACUGACAUGGAUCAACUAUUUAUCGGGACAAACAGUUAACCAAAUAAAGACUAGUGGUCAAUCGUACUUUGUUUUAUCAUCAGAGCAGCAAGAUUAUAUUUAUGGUGACAGUAAUACAUCAGUCACUUAUGCUGUUGGUAAUACGACAAAGUUUACUUAUACAAACGACCAACUUCAAGGUCCAAGAGGGAUUGGAAAAGAUCUUGUAGGCAAUAUAUACAUAGCUGCAUAUAUUUCUAAAAACAUCCAUCAAAUAACGAAAGAGGGGCAAUUAAUAAGAAUAAUUCCGGCGUCAACCAUAGGAGUUGAGGUUCCAUGGACAUUACAUUUUGUACCGGGUAGCAACAAAUUUCUUGUUACAUGCGUGAAUUCUGGCAAGGCAACACUAUGUGAAAUUGCUUGACAUCAGUUCAUAUAGUUUUCUAUAUAAUAUUUGUCGACUUAUUGUUUUUGUCUAAAUUAUAAAACUAAAUUUGAUAUUCA